AUGUGCAGGGAGCUGCUAUUGAUGGUGGGCCUCCACCUGGUGCAGGGCUUGCCCUAUGGGCUGUCUGGCCUGUUGCCCAUGCUGCUGUGGGCCCAGGGCCGCUCCCUGACACAUGUGGGACUGGCCAAGGCUUUGCACGCACCAUGGCCGUGCAAACUGCUGUGGGCCCCACUGAUGGACACGGUCGGCCCCCUAAGGGCCUAGCUGACGCUCAGCACAGCUGCUUGGGCCCUGGUGUGUGGGCUGCUGGCAGCCCUGCCUCCUGCUGAAGCCAUCCAGGCCAGGCUGCCUGUCACCAUGGGGCUGCUGCUGUUGAUGGACCUGGGUGCAGCUGUGCAGGAUGUGGUCCUGGCCAUGCAGCUCCCGGAGCCGACGGAGCUGGGGGCAGGCAAUACCGUGCAGGUGGUCGCUUAAGAGCUAGGGGAGCUUCCAGCCCUUGUGCCCACCCUGUCCUGGCCCCUGCUCUUUCUGCUUCUGGCUGUCACCUACUGGCUUGCUGCUGCCCUGCCCUGGGCUUCACCUGCCUUGCAACAACUGCCCCCCUACACUCUGCACCUCCUGCAGGGCCUGAUGGCUAUUCCUGGGACCUUGUGGACAGUGGGCUUUGUGUUCAUUUACAAGCUGGGUGAGCAGGGUGCCAGCAGCCUGUUCCCACUCCUCCUGCUGGACCAGGGCAUCUCCACUCGAGCUGGCGCUGUGGAACAGUGUGCUGGGCCUGCUCUAUUGCCAGCUCGUGCCUGGGCCCUCCUGCUAGCGAGGCACCGAAAGCCACUGUCCCUGCUGAAGUCAGUGCUUCCGUUCUGUCUUGGGGACCUGGCCUGCCAGCUAGCCCUCCUCUUCCAACUGGAUGCCCCAGGGGCCAGACUGGGCCCUGGUACAGUCCUGAGGGGGGCAGCCUAACUGAGCCUGUGUCUCCAGCACUUCCUGGGGGGCCUGGUCACAACUGCCACCUUUACCUUGAUGUUGCGUUGCAGUCAGCUGGCACCCAGUGCCCUGCAGGCCACACACUACAGCCUCCAGGCCACUCUGGAACUGCUGGGGAAGCUGCUGCUGGGCACGCUGGCUGCAGCCCUGGCAGACAGCCCGGGGCUGCACCUCUGCUUCCUCCUCUUCCUGGCACUCUCAGCCAUGCCUGCUCUGCACCUGGGCCUGGCCCCCUACACCCUGGCCUGA